GGGCCCCGGCGGCCUUUAAAUGCCGCCCAGGGCCAGCGCGACGCGGCCCUCGUCACCUUUCUGCCUCGGGAGGCGACAGCAGCACCCCGAGGAAGAAAGCAGCCGCCACUCGGCAGCGCCGGUCCGGGCAGCUGCGGCCACCUCCGACCUCCCGGCCCGCGCCGCCUCCCGCUCCCCUCCCCCUCCACCCCGGCCCAGCCUGCCCGGUCGGCGCCUGGCCCCAGGCGUGCGCGCGCGCGCGCGCCCGCGUGUGUGUGCGCACGCCCGACCAGCCUCGGACCCGCGCCCCCGCCCGGCGCAGGACCGCCCCGGGAUCCCCGCCCGCGCGCCGCGUCCCACGUCCCCUAGCCGCCGCCGCCGCGGGGCCGCCAGCCGUGCACCCCGGCGC